CCCUAUGCUAACUUCUCCUGUGACUGAAAGGCUUAUCAACGAUCUUGUAUUCUCUCGUAGUUAUCACUGCAGUGCAGUUCUUGCUGGGGUUCCUAAAACCACACUAAUUUAAUAAUAAUAAUAAUAAAAUUCUGCUGCUAGGAUCCUGACUGGUGUCAGGAGAAAUGAACACAUCACUCCAAUACUGAAGUCCUUGCACUGGCUCCCAGUCAGGUUUCGCCUUGAUUUUAAAAUCUUUACGCUCACAUAUAAGGCACUGCAUGGUCUGGUCCCUCAGUAUCUGUCUGCGUUUUUAAUCUCAUAUUCUCCCAAGCAGCAUCUGCGCUCCUCUCGAUCUGGUUUACUGGAUGUCCCACAGACACGGCUGUGAUCUGUAAUGGACGGGGCUUUCUCGUCCUAAGCUCCUAGACUCUGGAAUACACUUCCUGCUCAUAUAACAGAUGCACAGAAUUUAAGCAUUUUUAAAUCUAACUUAAAAACUCAUUUGGGUUUUAACAAUGGUUUUAACCAUUUUGAAUUCAAGUCUGUUUUUUGUUUUUGUAUCUUUUGUAUUUUAAUCUGUUUUUUUUUCUUAUUGUGCAAAGUGCCUUGAGAAGCUGCAUUAAAGGCGCUAUAUAAAAAUAAAGAUGAUGAUGAUGAUGAUUAUUAUUAUUAUUAUUAUUAUUAUUAACAGCAGACUCAGGGUGGUUCCACAUGUAGCUGUUUUUAAAUGAACCGUACUCAGUCCUGUUAAAAUGGACCUGAAAUGGAAGGAGAUACAAACCACUUCAGUGCUUUUGGUGUUUACAUGCAAGUGACUCAAAACAGGACUCCGUUCUUUCCUAGACAUUUUAGCAUUGAUGUGAUCUCAGCCUACUUCUCCUUCACACCACAACUCCUUUCCCAUAGUGUAAUAGCUGUGUAACACUGAAUUAUGGAUGAUGUCAUUUAAAAUGUUUAAGCAGGCGUUAUUCACAGUCCUUCACUCGAUACGGCUCUCCAGCUCACAUCACUGCUGUUGUUCUACAAGUUAAGAGUCCACUCACCCACAGUGUGUAAAGCCUGAUAUGGAAAGGUGAUAUUUACAGUAAUAAAAGAGAGAUGUUCCGCCUAUAACCCUUUCCUUUAGGACUAUUUAACCACUCUUCACUAGCACUGCUUCAUUUGUGUUUGUUCUUGCUAGAAGGUGGAGUAUUUUGUAAAGGUGACAAACCACAAAAUGAACCAAACAUGAAGUGUAUUCAGACCACCUCUACACACACCAACACCUGAUAUGAAUAAACAUCAUCUCUGAAUACAGAGAGGUUCACACAAGUCCUGCUUCUGUGAGGGUUCCUCUGUCUAUCACUUCUCUAAACUUCAUCUCUGUGUGUGUGUGUGUGUGUGUGUGUGUGUGUGCGUGUGUGUGUGUGUGCGUGUGUGUGUGUGUGUGUGUGUGUGCGUGUGUGCGUGUGCGUGUGUGUGUGUGUGUGUGUGCGUGUGUGUGUGUGUGUGUGUGUGUGUGUGUGUGUAUGUGUGUGUGUUAGUUUCUUCUCCAGGUGAUCUUUCCUGAACAGAGAGAUGAAAUCAGCAGAGAAACUCGUCAUCGUUUGUUUUCUGUUUAAAGGUGUUUUGUGUAGAGAAUUCUCCAUCAGUCUACCAGAGAGUGUAGAAGCUGUGAGAGGACUCUGUGUUCUCAUACCCUGCAGUUUUGAGAUUGAAGAACAAUAUGAUGGAGAUCUCCAGACAGAUCCUACAGGAAUCUGGUUAAAAGACGGCACUGAUGCUAACACUAACAGAGUCUUUAACUCUAAAGUAACUAAAGAGAACAAGAUUGAAGGGGAAAUUAUAGGAGACCUCCGCAUGAAGAACUGCACCACCGUCUUCUACAACAUCAGACAGAGUGACCGUGGAGUUUAUUACUUUAGAAUACAAACUUCAGGAAGCCUGAAAUGGAAUUAUAUACCUCCAUCAGAGUCUGUAAGAUCUUCAUCAGUGUCUGUAAGAGUGGGAGCUUCUCCAAUCACUCCCUCAAUAACACUGUAUAAGGAGGAUCAGGGGAAGGUGGAGGACCAAAAUGAGCUGGUGGAGGGAACUUCAGUGAGUCUCAUUUGCUCUGCUCCAGCUCCUCCAUGUCUCUUAAAGCCACCCACUUUUACAUGGAACUUCCUGCCUGAGGAGAGAAGACAGGAGCAGAACCACAACACCAGCUUCAGCUCCUCUCAGCUGAACUUCAACGCUACUCACCUUCAUCAUGGACUCAAUUUCACCUGCACUGCCACCUACCAGCUCCAGAACAGCAACAAAUCAGCACAGAGCUCUUUUAUACUACAUGUUCUGUAUGGUCCUAGAAACACGUCAGUAUCAGCAUCUCCAUCUGCUUCAGUGCUUUUGGGCAGUUCAGUGUCUCUGAGAUGCAGCAGUGAUGCAAACCCAGCAGUGCUGAACUACACCUGGUACAGAGAGAACGGAGAGCAGAUAGGAACCGGAAACCAUCUCACCAUCAACACCACUGAUUCUACACACAGUGGUUUAUACUACUGUAGAGCUCAAAACCAGCACGGAGAUCACACCUCAUCUGUCCUCCUGGAUGUUCAGUAUGGACCUAGAAACAUGUCAGUUUCAGCAUCUCCAUCUGCUUCAGUGCUUUUGGGCAGUUCAGUGUCUCUGAGAUGCAGCAGUGAUGCAAACCCAGCAGUGCUGAACUACACCUGGUACAGAGAGAACGGAGAGCAGAUAGGAACCGGAAACCAUCUCACCAUCAACACCACUGAUUCUACACACAGCGGUCUAUACUACUGUAGAGCUCAAAACCAGCACGGAGAUCACAACUCAUCUGUCCUCCUGGAUGUUCAGUAUGGUCCUAGAAACACGUCAGUUUCAGCAUCUCCAUCUGCUUCAGUGCUUUUGGGCAGUUCAGUGUCUCUGAGAUGCAGCAGUGAUGCAAACCCAGCAGUGCUGAACUACACCUGGUACAGAGAGAACGGAGAGCAGAUAGGAACCGGAAACCAUCUCACCAUCAACACCACUGAUUCUACACACAGUGGUUUAUACUACUGUAGAGCUCAAAACCAGCACGGAGAUCACAACUCAUCUGUCCUCCUGGAUGUUCAGUAUGCUCCUCAGCUCUCUCCCUCCUCCAGCUGUAACACCACUCAGGAUUUGAUCAUGUGUUCCUGUGAGGUUCAUGGAAAUCCGUCUCCUAAACUGGAGUGGCGUGUCUCCAAUCAAACUGUCCCAUACUCAGAAACCACGCCCAUCCAAGUGGAGUCUGUGGGCAACACGAGUUUAAGAAGAUCCAUUUCGUUUUCCAUCCCUCUGUCCGUUAAGGACACGCCCACUCUGCAGUGUGUUGGCUCCAAUAAUCUGGGCAUCGCCUCUCAGGUCUACUUCUUUACAACUAAGGCUCAGUGCCCUGCUAAAGGUACAGAUGUGGAUAUUUCCUCCGUGCUGAUUGGUGCUGCUGUUGGAGCUUCAGUAAUGAUGAUGCUGUGUGGUGUAUUCCUGUAUGUAAGGACAACAAAAUCUUCUGGACAAGGAGAGACAGUGAACCCCUCUGGACAAGAAGAGACAGUGAAUCCUUCUGGACAAGGAGAGACAGCAGGACUGGUUUUAAAUGACAGGAUCGCCAAUGCCAUUUUACAGGAAGAAGAUGGAGAGUCUGUGUAUGUAAACAAAACGGAUUUAUCAGAGUCACUUCAUUACACCACUGUCAAGUUUCCAAACAGAGAAGGAAGUGAAAUCAGAAGCCUUUCUUCUCUCACUGCCAAAUACGCCACCGUCCACCACGGCUCCGAACACCAAACCGAGGGAGAAACUGGAGAUGCAGCAAUCGAGGAGGUCCAGGAAGAACAUGUGAUAACUAUGGACAGUAUAAUGAUGCAAAAAUCAGCUGAAGAGGAGGUAAUGUACGGAAACAUCACACAUCAGCCAACAAUGGAGCAAACUCUGGUCAAUUUAGACAAAGAUGAAGAUGAAAAGAAAAAAUCUAAAGAAUCUCAAGAGGCUAAAGAAAGAGCUUCAGAGCAGCUCAAACACUCAGAUGGAGCUGAAGGCAUUUACGCACAAAUUCAACCUCGUAAAUAUAAACAUACAUAAAAAAUACAAUUGUUCAGUGUUAAACAGAUGUUCAGAUGUUCAGAUGUUGAGGCUACAAACUAAGAGCCAAAGAGUUGGGUUUUUAUUUUAUUAAAUUUAUUAUUUCUAUACAUGUUGAAUGAUAAAUACCUAUUUACAUUUCUUUUAUAUCUGUAAGAUUGCUUGAAUAGAAAAGAUCAAAGAUAAAAAAUUGACAAAAAAGAUCAAAGAUUCAUGCACAAACUGCAUAAUGGUAUUGAAGCUUAUAGUCUAUGAACUGGAAUUUAUUGCUUCGAGAUCAUGAUGUUAGUUGUGGCUUUUUUUUCACCAUAAAAAUAUGCAUGCUGGAGAACCUGGUCUGGUGGACAAGCCAAAGUUAAUAACUGUUUGUUUAGUGUGUGUUUAGUAUUUUGUACGCUCUGUGCUAUUGAAAAUAAUAAUAAAAUAAACAGAAAAAAGCUUAUGUUCGCAUUCAGUCCAGUAUUUAUGUGGGGAAAGUUCGCAGUUUACGCAGUUUACGGGUUACGCAGCUGUUUAAGUUUAAUCUGCUACGCUUACAGAGAAACUUUAAAUUCAUUCAUCACUUGAUCUAAAAACAAUUUCCUCCUUGAGAUAAGAGAUGCCUUUGAUUAAGAUGUGUCUCCUCUGAUGUUAGGACAAAAAAAUCCUUUUGUGUCAUAUUUCUGUAUUUAAUAUUGUCCUUGAUUGAUAUUCCAUAGUGUGUGUGAGUGUAUUUACAGCCAAAAUGUAAAUAUCAGCGUGACAUAUUGUGGUUAUAUUAAACUAUCAGAGAGCGGCGCAGGACUUAACACUGCUCCUGACUCGAGCCGAUAUCACACAAUAAACAGGCUUUCAAGAAAAUAAAUGUUGAGGACAUUUAUGAGCAUUUUUGCAUUAUAUACUGUAUAUUUUAUACGCAUAUACAUAUACUGAGGUGGCAGUGUGUUAGGUGUACUGAUCGAGUCAUUAAUAA